AUGUGGCGGUGUGUCGCUCGGGGCCUUCGCGUUCCUUCUUCUUCUUCCUCUGCCAAGCGAUCGAUCUCUAACGACUCGAUAAGAUCUCACAUUACUCGAUUCUUCUCAACCAGCACGAAUUCUUCGUAUACAAUUGUUGAUCACACCUAUGACGCGGUUGUGGUAGGAGCUGGUGGCGCGGGGUUGAGAGCAGCCAUCGGUCUAUCAGAGCAUGGUUUUAACACUGCUUGCAUUACAAAGCUUUUCCCUACCCGCUCGCACACAGUUGCAGCUCAGGGCGGUAUCAAUGCUGCUCUUGGGAAUAUGACCGAGGAUGAUUGGAGAUGGCACAUGUAUGACACAGUCAAGGGCAGUGACUGGUUAGGUGAUCAAGAUGCCAUUCAGUACAUGUGUCGUGAAGCACCAAAGGCUGUCAUUGAACUUGAGAACUAUGGGUUACCAUUUUCUCGUACAGAGGACGGGAAAAUCUACCAGCGAGCAUUUGGUGGUCAAAGUUUAGAUUUUGGAAAAGGUGGACAAGCCUACCGUUGUGCUUGUGCUGCUGACAGAACUGGCCAUGCUCUUUUGCAUACUCUCUAUGGCCAAGCAAUGAAACACAAUACUCAGUUCUUCGUGGAAUAUUUUGCUUUGGACCUGUUGAUGAACAGUGAUGGAACAUGUCAAGGGGUUAUUGCCCUUAAUAUGGAGGAUGGGACAUUACAUCGCUUCCGGUCCUCUUCGACUAUUCUUGCUACCGGGGGCUACGGUAGAGCAUACUUCUCUGCGACCUCAGCUCAUACAUGCACAGGAGAUGGCAAUGCCAUGGUUGCAAGAGCUGGACUUCCUCUUCAGGAUCUGGAGUUUGUGCAAUUCCACCCUACAGGCAUAUAUGGGGCUGGAUGCCUUAUUACUGAAGGAUCUCGUGGUGAAGGUGGUAUCCUUAGGAACAGUGAAGGGGAAAGAUUCAUGGAAAGGUAUGCCCCUACUGCUAAGGAUCUUGCUUCAAGAGAUGUUGUUUCAAGAUCCAUGACCAUGGAAAUUCGGGAGGGUCGUGGUGUAGGGCCAUUGAAGGACCAUAUCUAUCUGCAUUUAAAUCAUUUGCCACCAGAAGUACUCAAGGAGAGACUUCCUGGUAUCUCUGAAACUGCUGCAAUUUUUGCUGGAGUAGAUGUUACAAAGGAACCAAUCCCUGUUCUUCCUACUGUGCAUUAUAAUAUGGGCGGAAUCCCCACAAAUUAUCAUGGAGAGGUGGUUACUGUGAAAGGCAGCGAUGCAGAUGCUGUAAUCCCUGGUUUAAUGGCUGCUGGAGAGGCAGCAUGUGCAUCUGUUCAUGGAGCAAACCGACUUGGUGCAAACUCUCUUCUUGAUAUUGUUGUUUUUGGUCGUGCUUGUGCCAACAGAGUGGCAGAGAUCCAUACACCGGGAGAGAAACAGAAGCCUUUGGAAGCAGAUGCUGGAGAGAGGACUGUUGCGUGGCUUGACAAAAUUAGAAAUUCAAAUGGUUCGCUUCCAACUUCCAAAAUUCGGUUAAAUAUGCAGAGAGUGAUGCAAAAUAAUGCUGCAGUCUUCCGUACGCAGGAAACUCUGGAAGAAGGUUGCCAGCUGAUUGACAAAGCCUGGGAUAGCUUCCAUGAUGUUCAGCUGCAAGAUAGAAGUUUGAUAUGGAACUCCGACUUGAUUGAGACGAUAGAACUGGAAAACCUCCUGAUCAAUGCAUGCAUCACAAUGCAUUCUGCUGAAGCUCGGAAAGAGAGCAGAGGAGCACAUGCUCGCGAGGACUUCACUAAAAGAGACGAUGAGAAGUGGAUGAAGCAUACUUUGGGAUAUUGGGAAAACGAGAAAGUGCGACUCGAAUACAGGCCAGUCCACAUGAACACAUUAGACGACGAGGUGGAAACGUUCCCACCUAAAGCUCGUGUGUAUUGA